AAUGCCCCAACUCGUGUACGAUUAAACAAAAAACGUCCGCGGCUACCAAAAGCAGCUGAUAUUGCCUUUACAAUUAUUGAUGAAAUGCUAUAUAUCGUGUAAUUCACAUUAAUUUAAACUAUAAAAGCUAUUGAUAACAAUGGGAGAUAAAUUACUAGAUGCAACACAAUUACUAAACGGAAUUGCGGUGCUUUUAUCGUUUUUCGUUGGCUACAAAUAUGCAUUAAAGAGGCACAAUUUAACUGAUGAUAGUGCAAAAGGUGCAGCUAAAAUGUCUGAAAGCAUGGAUAAACUAGACAUGCCUUUUAGUAAUUUCGGUGGAAAUUAUAAAAUGGUACUCGUAGUACGUAAUGACCUAAAAAUGGGCAAAGGUAAAGUAGCGGCUCAAUGUGGACAUGGUGCCGUUGGAGCUUACCAAAAGGCUAUAGUUACUUCACCUAGAUUAGUACAGGCUUGGGAAAAUACAGGCUGUGCGAAAAUUGCUCUUAAAGUUGAGAGUGAAAGAGAAAUGAUGGCUAUUAAACGAGCAGCAGACUUACACAGUUUAAGCUCUUGUCUUAUUCGUGACGCUGGGCGAACACAAAUCGAACCAAAUUCUAAAACAGUUUUAGCAAUUGGGCCAGCAAGGGCAGAAGACAUCGAUAAAGUAACUGGGCAUUUAAAAUUACUUUAAAUAGUGCCAUGUAGGCUUAGGUUAGAUAUAUUUAAAUUAAAUAAAAUUGUAAUAAGUUUAUUUAUAUCCUAAAAUGACACUACGAAUAAUUGUUUAGUACUUAUCAUAAUUAAGAUAAAUUAAUAAAUUGUUUUCGUGAAA